AUGUCGACGAAGCGGUCCAACGAUGUGGCCGCGGCGGUAGGGCCUGCGACGCUCGGCAAGGUGCAGAUGCCAGCCGAGCACUUGCAAAUCCUACAGCAGCGCUUCGAGUCGCUGCUCUCGUCGAUCGUCGGGCUGAAGGAGGAGAUCGCGAUGGUGCCCGGUGUGGACGAAUGGCCAGCGCUCUUGCAUCGAUACACGAAUCUGCUGUCGCACGCAUACUCGCUCUCGUCGUCGCUGCUAUCUGCAUCGCCACAUUUCCUACCUUCGCAGCUGGCGUCGUUCAACAAGGUGCUGGAGGCCGAAGCCGAGAACUCGAAUCUGUACGCCGAUGUAGGCACAUCCUCUGCACUCUUUGGCAGCUUGAUGGGUGCAUCCGGUGGCGGUGGUGGAGCGGAUGAUGGCGUGAAAGCUACAGCCGAUGGGCUUCCCGAACUAAGCUUUUACGACCGCAACAACCCACUACCUCUGCUGCUCGCACACCCCGUGCUUCCAAUCCCGGACGAGAACAUCAACUUCCUCGGUGCGCUGUUGCGAACGGCACCCGAAGCGGACAUCAUCAAGCAAGAAAGCAGCCUUGUCGAAAGCUACGAUGCCGCCAAGGCUCAACAGGCCGGAUGGAUGGCGAACGAGGAUGCGGAUGUGGAUGCGCAGCUGGAGCAGAUCGAAGACGAGAUUGCACAGCACGAUAUGCUGGCGCUACGAUCGCUGCGCACCUGGUACCAUGUGCGAUAUGCACCGGACGAAGAGGGCAACGUGCUCAACGUACGCGAACGACUCCCGCCCGCCGAUGACGCCGAAGACGAUGCGGGCGAGGACGAUAGCGAAGACGACGAUUCGGACGACGACGACGACGCGCAGGCAAAAGCACAGCAGCUCGAGCAGCGUCAUCGUCGAAAGCUCGAACAGAACUGUUGGACCGCCGAUGCCGUGUCGGCAUUCCUGCGCGGCCAGCCAGUUCGCUCCUAA